AUGAUUCAAUCAAUGGUUGGUGAUGGUAAUUUACAGCGUCCUGUUUGCAAAAGAGAGCAGUAUUGGUCUAUGAUGUACAUUGUCAUUUCAGGCCAUGAAUUUGCAAUAUUUGAAUCCUGUGUGGUUGACUUUGACUUAGGCUCAAGUACUAUCACGCUCUCUUUACACGAUAUAUCAGGUCAGGAAGACUAUGAGAGCAUGCGCAAUUUGACGUAUGCGGAUGCAGACGCGUUUGUUGUUUGCUAUGACGUGUCAAAACGAGAGACGCUUAAGAACGCAGAGUUCAAGUGGUUACCCGAGAUAAGAAGCAAAUGUGGCGAAGAUAUACCCUUUAUUUUAGUUGGUUGUAAAGCGGAUUUGAGACAAAUACUACAUAACAAUGAUCUUCAUAAGAAAGCAUUAGAUUUGGUCAGCAUCAAAGAGGUCGAACGUCUAGCUGCCAGGUUUGGUGCAUACGCGUUUUUCGAAUGUUCAGCAAAAUAUGGACGUAACGUGAGGCAGGUAUUCGAAGCUUCAACGAAAGCGUGGCUUGACACAAGAGAAGACUUAUAUGCAUAUUUUACCGAGGGAUUGUACUGCUAA